AUGUCCCUCUUCUCCGUCCCCAUCCCCCCCUGCGGCGCCCACCCCGGCGGCGCAAUCACCUGCACCCAGCCCCAACCGCAAAUCUACCUCCUCACAUUCAUAUCCCCCCCGGACAACCGCCUCACCACCUCCUUCUGCCGCGCGCUCCUCCAGGCGCUCGACAUCCUCGAAUUUGGCAACUACACCCCCGGCGUGGUCAUCACCACAAGCGGCAUCCCGAAAUUCUACUCCAACGGCCUGGAUCUCGAGCACGCCAUCAACACCGACGGUUUCUGGCAGCUCUUCUACGAUCUAUGGGUCCGAUUCCUCACAUACCCCAUGCCCACCAUCGCCCUCCUCAACGGCCACACCUUCGCCGGCGGCCUCAUGCUCUCCCAAGCCCACGACUACCGCCUCGCCCCCCACCCCAAGGGCUUCCUCUGCCUCAACGAAGUGCUCUUCGGCGCACCGCUCAAGCCCCCCAUGGCAGCUAUCUUCCGCCACCGCCUCACGCCCCAGACGUACCGGACCCUCGCCCUCGAGGGGAGACGCUUCACCGGCGAACAGGCAGUGGAGUGUGGACUCGCCGACGCGACGGCCUCGUCGCUGGAGGAUGCGCUGAAGUUCAUUGCGGAGCGACAGUUGACGGAGAAGGCAAAGGCAGGCGUCUACGGCGUCAUCAAGGCGGAGCUGCAUAAGGAUUUGUUAAAGGAGCUGCGGAAGGAGGGCGUGGAUAGGGAGGAGGAGAGGUUUAAUGAGGAUCAGAGGAGAGAUGGGGAGAGGAAGGAGUUUGGAAAGGUGUGGUUUGAGCAGUGGAAAAAGGAAAACAAGUCCAAGUUGUAA